CCAUUAGGUCCAGAUAGGUGGGGCUGGACUAUGUCCCAUUAAAUGGGUGGACGUCAUUCGGCUCUGCAGUAAGCGUUACUUGGAGGAGCUUAAGAAAAAGAAAAGAAAAAAAACCGCUGCUAAACUGUAAAUAAACAGACUCCAGAUAUCCACUAAACGUAGCCUGCUUUUAAAUUGCAAGGUCUUGUAUACAAAAUCUUUCAGGGUUCCUCCAGCAGUGUCUUCAGGACAAACAUUUCACCUCUGUAAGUGAUUUCACACACUGACGCUGGUGGGAGGAUUCAACACAAACUGGAGACUCAAGUGGACUCUCUAAAGCGCACUUUAUCGCACAAACCCGGGACACUAUUGUCUUUAAGAUGAUUUUAGUUAAAUUCGUGUGCGCGAUCAUAACCAGGUCCUUAUUCAUUCUGGUCUCUCUCAUCGGCGUCUGGAGAGUGAAAACGGUGAAGAAUGACAAUAUGUACUGGUUACUGACUGUCCUUUACCUUCCUCUGGUCGUGGAGAUGAUCAUCACUUUAAGACGUAGGAAAGGGCAAGACUACAAAUGGUUUUCUCCAGCCAUCCUAUUGUUCCUCAUCAGCAUUAUUCCGUCCAUAUGGAUUCUAGAGUUGCAUCAUCAGAAAAACAAAGCCAGUAACCCUCAGUGUAGGAAACUGGACUCUUGGGAUAAUGUCAAGAGCAUAUUGCCUUCAAAUGGCACUAUGGUUAAUGAAACGCUAAAGCACCUGGAGCACAUGCUCACCUCCGUCUGUCCGAAUGACUGGAUUCUCGGUCUUCAUCAAGUUCUGCUUAUUCUUCUCAUUCUUGGAAAGUGGCUCCUCCCACUAGGGGGAGGAGUAACGCGUGACGAGCUGUCACAGCUUUUGCUGAUCUUUGUUGGCACGGCAGCAGACAUUCUGGAAUUCACUAGUGAAACACUCUCUGAUGUCAAGGAAAACAACCAUCAGCUGGUGUAUAUAAUCUUGGCAGUGUGGACGUGGAGUAUGUUGCAGUUUCCUUUGCACCUGGCAGUUGUGACAUCUCGGCCGCAGAACCCAGAUGAGCCCAAGGCUGGAGAAGGCUGUUGCAACUUGCUCUUGUCAAGACACAGUACAGAUAUUUGGAACAUCGUGGAGAGUUUGUUUAUCCAGGAUGGGCCCUUUCUUGUGGUGCGUCUUAUUGUGAUGAUAUUGUUUGAUGUGUUCCACCAGAUGUUGGUCUUCUUUGCUAUCAAGAACUUCCUAGUGGUCGUCCUCAACCUCUACAGGCUCAUUGUCAUCUGUCAAGACUUUAGACCACCACCACCACCACCACCACCAUCAUCUACCGGAGAGGUCUGAAGGGAAAAAAAAAGAAAAGAAGUUUAAAAUGAACAUUUAACUUUGAUAAUUCAUUGAUAAUUGAUAAAUCAUUGAUCAUUUUGAUCAUUUGAUUGUAUUAUUUAUUUUUACUAAUAGCUGUUAUUUCAUACUUCAUAAGAUCCGAAAGCAAUAUAAGUAACCUCUAACAAACAUUUUAUUCAUAAAACAUAAAAUAAUUUACUGCAAAAGAUUGUUUUAUUCAAUGACAUCCACGCUUGUUUCUUCACGGAAGGCGUAACUUGUAGGCGUGAGUUGCAGAGGUGUGACGUAGACAGACCCUUCUCUCUUUUGUGGCUGUUCGAACACAUUCGACCACAUGAAUGUUUACACAAUGAAAGCAAUUUGGUUGAAUGCGUUUUUGACUACCUCUGGAAGUGGAUCAAAAUGAUCAAAACAUUUUAGACCCUGUUUACAUCUGCAUUUAGCGUCGUGUUCACUUGUGAUCCGAUCGAUCAAAUGCAAGGCCUUGUUUACACCUGAAGGACUAUUAUUCUGUUGCGCAGGAACAGAUACUGAGGAACAACUGACAAUGGCACGUUUUGAUCUUUGGUUGACCAAUCAGUGGAUAGGGGUGUUUCAUUCCCCCCCACAUGUAGAGAUGGAAUAUACAAGCUGUUUAUUAAUUUUCUACUCCUGAACGUAAAAAUUAAGAAUCUUUUUUUUUCAUCAAUUUUUUUUUAUUUUUUUAUUUGUUGUUUUCCCAUUUUUCUGCUUUCAAUAUUAAAUCAAAUCAUAAAUGAAGGAAUGAUACACGGACCCAGCUGAGAUAGUAUUAUAGUUUGUAUUAAUAUUUUGAAUUAGUUUUUAUUUUUAUGUUUUCGAUUUUCAUUUUAAAGUUUUUGUCAUUUUCAUUAGUUAUUGUCUGUAUAGUUUUUAUUAUUUUUUUUCAAUUUUAGUACAUCAAAUUAAAAUAAGUUUAAUUUAAAUGUUAAUUAAAUGUAAACAUAUUAAAUGUUGUUAUACAUCAAACAGUACAGUACUAUAGUGAGUAGGAAAAAAAAACAAAAAAAAACAAUGUAUGAACUGAAUAUCUUCCAAAUAACAAUUUACACAUAUUUAUAAUAGUAAUUUUUCACAGUAUAAAUUUGGUCUUUUUUUUUUUAUAUAUACACGAAAAUAUAUAGUUUUUUAGGUCUUUUUUUAUAGCUCUUUUUAGGAUGGGGGCCCUCGCACCAGGGCAAUCAUAUUUAGGGGUCCAUGGCAUCUAAAAAGUUUGAAAACCCCUGGCUUACACUGCUUAAAAACACAUUUAUGAGUGACAACAGUUUGAUAUAUUUUGAAUAUGUUAUGUACUACCAAAUAGUAGAUUUUAGAUUAUGGCACUCAUUCUUUGGUUCCUAAUUUUAAAAUAUUACUUUUAUUGAGCUGUUUUAAUGUUUGUAUACCAGUCAAAUAAGAUUCUCUGACUCAAAAACAGUAAGAAAACAGUGCACGUGUGUGUCUUAUGAAUUCAAAGAGGAAGAUGCAUUUGUUGUUGCAUACAUGCGUGUUAAAAGGGGUCUGCUCAUGCAAGAUAACUCUCCCAGUGGGCAUUCAGAUAUGACUCUCUGAUACCAGACUCUUUGAGUCACUCAGGCAGAGAUUAUUUGCUUUUUAGUGGAGAGCAUUUAGUUGCUUUACAACAGUUCCUAGAUCAGCCUUUCAAUGUAACUUACAAUUUAACCAGAGAUAGUUACAGAACAUGAACACAGCAGUAACCAGCUUGUGUUUGUGAACCUAUUAAAAUAAAUAAUUUGUCUAGUUUGUGUCCAGCUGGAUUCUUCAUGUUUAUGUAUGUGGGAUGAUUUAUGCUGGAUAUCUGACCUUUGGGUUUUCAUGGCUAUUUUAACAUUGUGGGGAAAAAUGAGGCAUACCAUCACGCCUUUCUCACACAGUAUCUCUUGAGUUUCCUGCGUGUCUUCAAAGUACACACACUGGGUUGGUGUUUAUGUCUAUCCCCAUCAUCAGGUUGUUCCUGAAACAUACACAAAUCCCCAAAGCAGGAAAACACAUUAGUUCAUUAAACAUUUCAUGAGAAUAGAUUUUUCUAUUUUUAUCCAGCAGGGGAAACAGGAAACAGCCACACAAAAAAAAACAGGAUACCAACAAAGAAAUUUAGAUUUAAAUGGAUGACCAUGACAGUUUGACCUACUAUACGUGUGUAUAUUUAUAUGUAUUUAUGUAAAGAAAUCCCUGUUACACAGAGACCUGCACUGUAACCUUUGAUUCACAGUAGAUCAGUACAGUUCUGUUGACAAUAUAUUAACCCAUGGACACAUUUGCUAUAGAACAACCCCUGUUUAUCUCAGCAGUACAGGGUAUCUGUAUGGAAUGGAAUGGAAAAUGUUUUAUACAUUUUUAGUAAAAUAACAAAAUAAAGAUAACAAAAUAAAAUAAAAUGUAAUGUUCUUUCAAUGUUCUGAACUGGUUUAAAACAAUGUCUUUAGAUAAUAAACAAUAAUUCAAACCAAUAAAAGAA